GAUGACGCAGCCCCCCGUGGCUCCGCCCUCCGGCGUGGCGCGAUGACGUAACGGCGGCGAUGGCGGCGGCGGAGAAGGUGCAGCGCUACGAGGCGUUCGUCAGCGACGUGCUGCGCCGCGACCUCCGGCGGGUGCAGGAGCAGCGGGACGGGGUCUUCGAGCAGCAGGCGCAGGUGCUGCAGCUCCGGACAGCCCUGACCCGCCUCCAGGAGGCGGCCGCCCCUCUGCGCACCCAGGUCGACCUCGGCUGCAACUUCUUUGUCACCGCUGAAGUCCCCUCUCCAGAGCGAGUGUUUGUGGCUCUGGGCUAUGGGUUCUACGCGGAGCUGACUCUGCCCGAGGCCCUUCGACACCUCGACCGACGCAGCCGCCUCCUGGAGCAGCUCAGUGAAUCCCUGACGCGAGAUGGGGCCAAGAUCCGGGCUCACAUCCGGCUGGUGCUGGAGGGCCUGCGGGAGAUCCAGGGGCUUCAGGACCCACCCGCAACCUCUGACCCCUGACGUCAUCAGGCCACACCCACCGCAUCACCCCCACGAUGAUCCGUAAUACCGCCUGUGUAAACGUGGAGUAACGUGUGUGUAAACAUAGAGUAAUACGUGUGCAAGCCUGGAGCAAUGUAUGUGUGAAGACGGAGUAAAGCAUGUGUAAGCCUGGAGUAUUGCGUGUGUAACCCUGAUGUAACAUGUUUAAACCAGGAGUAAAAUGUGUGUAAACCUGAGCAUUGCGUGUGUAAACAUGGACUAAUGCAUAAAUAGAGAGCAAGGCUGUGUAAAGCUGGAGCAAAGCAUGUGUAAACAGGCAGUAAUGUGUGUGUAAAUCUGGAGUAAUUGGUGUUUAAACCCAGAGUAAGGCAGGGGCAAGCCUGGAAUAAAGCGCAUGUAAACCUC